AUGAUUUCGUACGUGGAGUGUCUGGGUGGCGAGGGGGCGGGGUGGCGUUGCGUCCCGUUGCUGGAAUUCGAGUCUCCCGAUGACGAACUAGACGAGCUCCUCCCACGGAAGAUGGCCGUCCUGCAGCCGAAGACUGAGGGGAGCCUGCGGCGCCGCCUCCUCAGCGCCAAAAUCCACCAAGACGCCAUCUUACGGAUUAAUGCUGGCGCCGCUUGCAGGCCUGUGUCGCCAUCAUGUGACAAAAAAGCCCCCCUCCUCCACCUCAGUCUCACUAUACAGGCAACAGCCCCUGGUUUCGCCCCCAGUACCUCCCGCCGCGACCCCAACGUCCACCCCUCCUUCACGCCGGAGGUUCACGGGAAACUCUUCCUCGCUCCGGAGGCUCACGGGAAACCUCACCCUCAGGCUCCGCCCCUGCAGCAGCCUCGCUCCGCCCGUCCUGUGCUCACACAGCGGUGGCGGACGAGCUCGAGCCCCCCGACCCCAGAGCCCCGCCCUGGCUACAACCUACCCGCCUCCUCUCCGCUCAGCGCACCGCCCCACUUCAGGGAGCCAGAGGUGCCGCCGCAGUUACCGCUACCAGCAAGUAGGAGGCGCAAGGUCAGCAACUUCUUCAGACGGCGACGAGGGAGGAGCUCUGGGCAGGAAGCCACACAGACCACGCCUCUUCUACGCAGAGAAGAAGACGAAAGGUUCUUCUUGAACAACGCUCGACCUAUGACCCCACUGGUCCUCAACCCCGUCACACCCUGUUGGGACGUCUUCGCCCCCGCCUACGAGCCAACCUUCGAUGUGGAGAUGGAGCCGACACAAAGGCUUCCGACGCCGGAGGAGAGGAUGAGGCAGCAGGCUGAGGCCGUGGCAGCUGAUAUCGUUCCCAUCAAUGUUACAGGCGAGAGUUUUGAUCGUCAGGCUAGUUUCCGAAAAGUGGCUUCCAACAGCGACUCGUUAUCCCGGCGCCCCCGUAACCUGAGCCGCCGCCAGACAGUUACUGGGAUACCUGAUGAUGUCACCCGGAGACUGGACUCGACCAUGGUCUCUUUGGUUCUUCCAAAUCAGUUCUCCACUGUCGGUCGGUCUGCCUCCUCCUGUUCCUCCCCCCGCCAACAGAGAACCACAGAGGAAGAGGAGGAGGAGGAGGAGAGGGAGGGAGAGUUCAGAAAGCAGGGGCAGUCAUUAGGGAGGAGGAUCCGAGCCCCGAGAGGAGAGGGGAUGUCUAGCCUCAUGGCCUCUCUUACUUCCUCCUCACGUCCAGACUCCUGCGAGAACCACUCUACCUCCAGCGGCUCCCCCUCGUCAGCGGUCCACAGCCUCCCUCGCCCAGAGACCAACUCCUCCCUGAACUCAGAGGCCAGCUGUAACAGCACCUCCUACAGGGCACUCAGCACCUCCUCAUCCUGCUGCCAGUCACAGGAUCUGCAGGGAUUCCCCAGCAACACCAAGCCCCUGCUGCCAUUUGAACCCACCACCAGAGUCAUUCCUCAGUCUCCACUCUCCUGCUCCUCUUCUUUUCCUUCCUCCCCUGUCACCUCCUCUCUUCCCAGCACUCCUAGCCAAGCCAUGGAGUCAGAGUGGUCUUACCCCAGUGAUAAGCCCCUAAAUGAGGCUACCCACCUUCACAGCUCCCCUUCCUCCAACCACUACCUUUCCUCCUCCUCUAUUGCAGACUCAGACUCUCAGUUUAGCUACCAGGCUCUGGAUGAACAGGCCACCACCCAGCAAGUCACCCAGUGCUCCUACGCUGGGGAGCGAUGGAGCGUCCAGCCCGUCUCACCCAGUUCAAGUGUCCACAGCAGCCAGACUGGACCUGACUGGAGUGGUAUCACCCAGGGAAUGAGCUAUGUUUCUGGGGAAGAUUGGAGCUGUGAUCCCCUGAUCUCUUCUGGACGCUCGUCCCCGUGUAACUCCUUGUGUUCAGAGGACAUUACCUCCUCUUCCUCACUAAGCCGAGAGAGAAGAAGGUCCAGCACAUCCUCCUCCUACUCUCGUAGUAUCUCCCUCCGCAAGUCAAAGCGUCCGCCUCCUCCACCGAUGCGAUCCGACUCUCUUAGACGUCGGCCAGGGCGUAGCAAGUCCGCCCGGUCCUCCUCGAGCCCACGUCUGGAGCGUAGCCCACGUCUGGAGCAAAGUCCACAUCUGGAGCAUAGCCCACAUCUGGCGCAUAGCCCACGUCUGGAGCAUAGCCCACGUCUGGAGCAAAACCCACGUCUGGAGCAAAGUCCACAUCUGGAGCAUAGCCCACAUCUGGCGCAUAGCCCACAUCUGGAGCAUAGUCCACGUCUGGAGCAUAGCCCACGUCUGGAGCGUAGCCCACGAUUGGAGCAUAGCCCACAUUUGAAGCAUAGCCCACGUAUGGAGCGAAAAAUCCCACUGAGCCCCACCUCAUCGCCCAAAACCUUCCAUGACCCCUGGGUGCCCCGCAGCAACACCAAGAGACGCCAGAGUGGGUUCAACUGUGGCACAGUCACAACCUUUGAACCCUUAAACUCAGAUUGCCAAGCAGAAACCUCCAUUGAGUCUCCUUCGUCUGAGCAGCUCCCACCAAGCCCCGGCCGCUCCCAAGCCAACAUCUUCACACCCAUGUCUCCAGGCUUACAGGAGGAGGGGCUGACAUUUACUCUCAACUCUCAACCAGCUGCUGCGUCCGUGGCUGGGCUGCAGCGCCUCGCUUCGCCCUCCAGUGGUUACUCCAGCCAGUCCAACACCCCAACCCCUGGCACUCCCAUCUCUUCCCCCCUCAGCCCUUCCUCCCCUCUCGGAAGGCCAAAGCCACCAGUGCCAGAAAGGAAGUCAUCACUCUUCUCCUCCCUCUCCUCCUCCUAUUCGUCCACCUCCUCCCUCUCCUCCUGCACCUCUUCAGAGUCCUCUGCCAAGCAUCCUCUUCUCCCUGCUCCACCUCCUCCUUCACCUGAAUGUUCUUCACCUUUGCCUCCUGUCUUCUACUCCCCCAUUCGUGAGUGUCCUGCUCCACCUUCUUUCACCAAACUCUCUAUUCUCCAAGAACUGCCAAUUGCUGAUCUUCCUCCUCCUCCUCCACCUCCUCCUCUGCCUCCUCUCCUUAAUUUCCCUUACACCGCCCUCCCCCCACCAGGUCUUUCCAUGUCCCUUUACCCCCUGGUCACUACACAGGCUUUGCAGGGCGUCAAGCUUCGGUCAGUCAAGGCCCAGGAAGGCCUGCUCACUAACCAUGAUCUACCAAGCAAAGAAGCUCAUCUUGAUGGCCUGGGCAAUAUAGAUGUUACGAAAUCUGGUACUGGAUCACAAAAUGCUAUCGGGGAUCGAGGCAGCAAUGACGCUAACAUAUCAAGUGCUUUAAAGGCUAAUGUUAGCCCUCAUAGCCCUGCCAACACCAAUGCAAAGCAACCUGAACUCAAAUCCGAUCAUGGCUACUACAACUUAAUAAAAAGUGAGGUCAAGACUCCCAAAGAUGAGUCUGCAAAUCUUAAGAGCCUGCAAGGCAUAGUCGCUAGCCCAACAAACCGGAUAAGCUCUGGGUCUCAGCUCAUCAACAAAACGCCUCAAGACAUCAAGUACAAUGAACAAGAGAGGGAAUAUCCAGACAUGUAUGCUACACUGGCAAACAAUCAUGUCGCCAGCCCUGAUAGUCCCUUGGCUAAAAUGUCUUAUGAUACUGACAAAAACCACAGAAACACAAUUAGCCAAUAUUCCUCUUUGCGACAACAACCGGUCAAAGAGGCUAAGCUAACUGAGCCUACUGAGAAACACUUAAGCACUGAGGAUGUCUGCCUGACACAUUCUUCAUACUGGACCCUCUCAGGAGUAAAACAAGAACCUCACAAAGAAAGCCGAACACAACUUUCAGAGAGCAACGAUAACAAUAAGUCAGAAAUGUGGAAUCACAGUGCAGCCAAUGGAGAUUCAACAACACACAGUUAUUUAAAACAGUGUAGCAAUGUCUUUGAGCCAGGUAGCCCAAGGAGGCUCCGCUCUCCAGAGAAGCCAAUCCCACCAAAGAAGCCUGAUCUUUGCAUUUUGGGUCUCAUGGCAUCUCCUAAGGCCAAGCAAGGACCAGCUGGGGUGAAGAGCAGUGAACAAAUCAUAGCACCUUCUCCUGGGCUCACCAACCAAUCAAGAAUUCCUGCUGAUUCCUCCUCCACACAUUCUACUAAUAGUACACCUUCACCAAAGCACAUGACAUACACUACUGUUGACAAAACAAUGAUUCCUGAUAAAUCAGUGAUACAAACAACUUUACCUGCACACUCAAUGAAUGCUGCUUCUUUGCCAGCGCACACAACACCUGUUGACAUCACCACAUGCUCACCUACCAGCUCCCCUCAGAGGCAGAAGCCACCGAUUUUGCACAAAAAGCCAGAUCUUUCAUUGACAUCACCCAAAAGUACCAAACCACACUUUGCUAAUACAGAUACAGGAGAGGUGUCCAAAGGCACCCAAGCCACCCCAGAAAUCACUGCUGCUUCACAGACUCAGAGCACCACAGGGACCAGUAGCACCUGGGGGAUCAUCGGUACCAUAUUCAAUGGGACCAUUGACACUACAGAGUCUAGAGACACUUUAAAUUGGACCAUGGGUACAACAGAGGCUAGAGACACUUUCAAUGGGACCAUGGGUAUCAAAGACGCUCGUGACACUUUCAACGGGACCAUGGGUACCACAGAGGCUAGAGACACUUUAAAUUGGACCAUGGGUACCACAGAGGCUAGAGACACUUUCAAUGGGGGCAUGAGUACCACAGGUGCUCGAGACACUUUCAAUGGGACCAUGGGUAUCACAGAGGCCAGAGACCAUUUCAAUGGGAUCAUAGGUACCUUGGGGAACUGUGGUACCUCAGGAACUGGGGACACCAUGAACACCAGUGGUUUCAUGGGGGCUAUGGGCAUCUAUGGGAACUGUGGCCCCCCAGGGAUCAUGGGUAUGACACCAACCUGGAGCACUAAAGAUCCCGUUCACCCCUUCAUUGAUGGGACCAUGAGUACCUUAGAGAACUGUAGUACCUUAGGAAACCAUGGAGCUGCUUCCACCGGGACAGGGAUCCCCCAAACUGGAGCAAUCGACCCCAUCAGAACAAGUCUUCAUAAGAAUAAUGAGAAAACAUUUCAUAAGAGGAUGAUGAGGGCAUCACUGGCUGAAAAUGAAGAGGAAGACGAGAAGGACAGGGGAGUAAAGACAACAAUGAUGAUGAUGUCAUCCACCACAAAGAAAACAGACAAAGUACGGAAGAGGAGGAAGAGAAGGGCGGGAAGGCAACUGCUGCUGAUGUCAUCAACUAUGGAGCCCUCUCCCUCCUCAUCGUCAUCAUCUUCAUCAUCAUCAUCUUCAUCUUCAUCUGAAGAUGAACGAGAUGUGGAAAAACAGAGAACAAUGCAAACAAGUCGAAGAGUGAAGAUGACCAAAGUGUUUGAUCAUGACACCAGUGACUCUGAAAGCUCGUACACUCUGAUUGGACAGAGCAGGUUCUCCCUCAGCAGUGCACUGUCCACUGAUAGCCUGCGAGAGGAGCUGUCCCUUCCAGACCUCCUGAUACAGGAACCAGAGGACAACGAAGAGGAGGUGAGGAGCAAUGAUGGAGCACACAGGAUGAGGGAGGAGGUGAAGAACGCCGCAGGACCCCCAAAUGCUGAUCUGUUCGUCAGUGUUUCAGCAGAUCAGAUGUUUGUCCCCAAUCGACCACGAACCACAGAAGAUCUAUUCGCUGUCAUUCACAGGUCAAAGCGGAAGAUGCUAGGAAGAAUAGAUUCAGAUGAAGACAAACAUCGCAUCUCCUCUUCCUCCUCCUCCUCUUCCCCUCCGGUGACCCCGACUGACCCCCAGCCCCAUCCGACCCGACCUACAACCCUCAGAAGUCAAAGGUCAGGGAGAAGUGAGAGCUUCAAGGCUCUCUUGCUGAGGAAGGGUAGUCGGUGUGAGUCUUCUCGAAUCUCGGCUGUUGAGCGUCUUCGUGCAACUGCUGCUGCCACAAAGCUCCAGUGUUCGCCGUCGCCGUCAGAUCAACCCCAAAUCAAUCCCACAGGCUUGUCCGAUAACGUGGAUACAUAUGACAUCAAUACCUACCCAACUCUUAAUGUACCAGUUUCUCCCACGACUCUGUGCAGUCAGGACUUAUCCAUGAUGUUCCAACUGAGACACAAUCAGCAGCUCCUCUUCACCUCUUCCUCGCCUGUCUUCCUGCUCUCCUCCUCCGUGCGACCGCGCUCCCUCACUCCUCCUUGCUCUGCAAGCCGACGUUUUGCUGCUCGCUGCCGCCUCUUUGCCGCCCCGAUGACCGCCAUCUUAGAAAGGGAAGGGGAGGAGGAAGAAGAGGAAGAUGACGAGGUGUUUGUUGAGUCGCCAGGAACCUUUCCGGGAAUGGGAGGCGCAACGAACCAGAGAUUGGUUGAGAUUUCUUGA